UUAAAUUAGAGAUAUACAUGUGUCAGGAGACUGGACAUCUGGAGCCUCUACAGAAGAACCAAAAUUCCGACACUGAGUUGACUGGAUUUGAAGACAUGGAUUUUUAACUGGAGCACUGACUAUUUUAGUUUUUGUAAAUUACUAAACUAAUUAAGCAGGGCUACCACUGGUUUGGGCUGAUAUAAACAAUAUGAGGGAAUUCAAUAGAAGCUUUGUCAAGUCAGACACCUGCUCAACCUGUUUGGUCUGAACUGCAUCGCAUAAACAGAGAGUGGAUUAUGGACUGUUUCUGUCUUUUCAACAUAGGACAUCCAGACAUGAAGACAUCUGACAAACAAAUGGAAGAAGUUUUGAACAUAUAAUGGCCGACAAGACUGACCCCAUGAUAGCCUCUGUGCCAAGUCCAUCAUCCAUUACAAACCUCACCACUGCCCUAUGGGAGCCCAAUCCUACCGUGCCUGCCGAUGUGAGCGUCGUCACAAGCUCCCAGUCCCAGAUCAAAGACCUUUUCGGGUUAUUUUGCAUGGUGACCCUUAACCUCAUUGCUUUGUUGGCCAACACUGGUGUGAUGGUGGCCAUUGCUCGUGCGCCUCACCUGAAGAGGUUUGCUUUUGUGUGUCAUCUCUGUGCAGUGGACCUGCUGUGUGCCAUCCUGCUCAUGCCUUUGGGGAUCAUAUCCAGCUCAGCAUUCUUCGGCACUGUGGUGUUUACUGUUCUGGAGUGUCAGGUUUACAUCUUUCUCAAUGUGUUCCUCAUCUGUCUGUCUAUCCUCACUAUCACAGCCAUCAGUGUGGAGCGUUACUUCUAUAUCGUACACCCAAUGCGUUAUGAAGUUAAGAUGACCAUCAACCUCGCUAUUGGUGUAAUGCUCCUAAUCUGGGUUAAGUCCGUCCUCUUGGCUUUGGUCACACUGUUUGGGUGGCCAGCUUAUGGACAUCAGAGCUCCAUUGCUGCAGCUCACUGCUCUCUCCACGCGAGCCACAGUCGUUUGAGAAGAGUAUUUGCUGUGCUCUUCAGUGUGGUGUGUUUCCUGGUUCCUGCAGUGGUUAUCUUUGCCGUUUACUGUGCCGUUUACAAGGUGGCUCGUUCUGCAGCCCUGCAGCAAGUCCCUGCUGUGCCAACGUGGGCAAAUGCGAGCCCUGCAAAGGAUCGCUCUGACUCCAUCAAUAGCCAGACCACCAUGAUCACCACCACCCGCACUCUGCCCCAAAGACUAUCUCCAGAGAGGGCCUUCAGUGGAGGCAAGGCUGCGCUUACUUUGGUAUUCAUUGUGGGCCAGUUCUUAGUUUGUUGGUUGCCCUACUUUAUCUUCCAUCUGCAAAUGUCUCUGACUGGCUCCAUGCAGAGCCCUGGGGACUUAGAAGAGGCAGUCACCUGGCUUGCUUACUCCUCCUUUGCAGUUAAUCCAUUCUUCUAUGGCCUGUUGAACAGACAGAUCAGAGAGGAGUUGGUAAAGUUUCGACGCUGCUGCUUGACCCAGCCUGUAGAGUUUGGGGCAUCCAGCCACGAGGGCUCCCUUCAGGAGAACUUCCUCCAGUUCAUCCAGAGAACCACGAGCACAGCUGAAACCCACUCCAACUGUGUCAACUCCAGUCCCAGAAUCACUACAGAUCAGGGAAUAAAGAUCCCUGGACAAAUACCUGAGGAAAAUGCUUAAACAUUGACCAACAUGCGCGAUGGACUACAGUGCUAAUAUAUCGGCCAUGCAAAUGUUUACAUGUGCACCAUUUUUCCUUAAUGGUUCACAUUACAGGUCUAUCUUAAAACAAUACUGACAAGCCCAUUUGUACACUGAAAGGAUUAUUGGUUCCUCCUUAUUGUUCCUCCUGUCCCUACCACCCACACAGAGGUCCCGUCUUUAAAACAGUUUCCAUGUAAAACCCACAGUCAUUUUUCUGUGCAAAAAUCCCCACUUGAUUUGAAUAACUGCUGAAACCUCACAUUAUAUUCAGAUGAAUUUAGGAAUGUUUAUUUUACUGUGGAAUGUGCCCCCCAUCACCUACAUUGAAACUGCCUAAACAAGGUACAGUAUAUCUUUGUGGCCAGUGGAACCAUUACAGUGACCAGUAAUGCUUUUAAUGUACAUAUGGAAAUGUCGGUAUUGUUUUAGGACAGACCUGGAAAAAUGUGAAUCUAUACUUUAAAUACGUGUUAAAUGUUCAGUGCCUUUUACAGUUUAAUUCAGAGAGGCUUUCUCAUUAUAGGUCAAGGUGCUAUGGCUGUACUGUAACAUGAAAUAUUGAAAUAGUGAUAAAUGUUCUUCUAUGUGUAUUUUUACAAUAUAUUACAAUUGGCCUGGUUUAAUGAUGUUUGUAGAAAUGUUUUAUAUGUUUAUAAGUGUGUAAAUGUGGAGUAUAACUACAUUAACAAGGUCAUGAUUGG